GUUCAGCUUCAGUCUGUGGACUAGUGAUUUGACGGUGCAGACUUCCCAGGAACUAGGACAUCAGCCGUGAUGCAGCGGGCUUUGUUCAGCCGGAGCGCGCUGCUCGCUCAGCAGGCAGCAGCGGCCCUCGACGGUCCCCUGACCGCGAGGUGCGCGCCCCAAAUGCAGCGAUUGGACCGCUCCAUGUCCUCCGUCACCAUCCCGCCACCGGCAUGCAUGCUACGACCGCUAGAAGCGCCUUACCGGUACCUGUUCGGACCGGGACCCUCAAACGUUCCUCCACGAGUCUUAGCAGCAGGGGGCAAGCCAAUAAUUGGUCACCUGCACCCAGAAAUGUAUGAGAUCAUGAAUGACAUCAAGCGAGGGAUCCAGUACGCCUUUCAGACAGAGAACAAUAUGACGAUAUCGAUGAGUGGCUCGGGGCACGCUGCUAUGGAGUGCGCGGUAUUCAACACGGUGGAGCCCGGGGAGAGCGUGCUCGUCGGCAUUAACGGAAUAUGGGGGGAGCGUGUUGCAGAAAUUGCAGAAAGAAUGGGUGCCAACGUACAUAGAAUGGUGAAAACACCUGGAAAUUGUUUUAGCAAUCAGGAAAUUGAACAGGCCAUAGCAAAACACAAGCCUGUCUUGUUUUUCCUCACACAUGGAGAGUCCUCUGCUGGUCUCUGUCACCCCGUAGAUGGUGUUGGAGACAUCUGCAGAAAACAUAACUGCCUCUUCCUGGUCGACACAGUUGCAUCACUCGGGGCAGCACCAAUUUUUAUGGACAAGCAAAAUAUUGACAUCCUGUACACUGGUUCUCAGAAGGCUCUGAACUCUCCUCCUGGCACAGCACCCAUCUCUUUUAAUGACAGAGCAUGCCACAAGAUGUUUAACAGGAAAACAAAACCUGUAUCCUAUCUCUUUGACAUGACACAUUUGUCCAACUACUGGGGUUGUGAUGGCAAACCAGCCAGAGCAUACCACCACACUGGCCCAGUGUCUGGAUUCUUUGCCUUGAGAGAAAGUCUGGCAAUUCUUGCUGAGAAGGGGCUGGAGGAGUCCUGGAGGAAACACAAGGAGGUUGCAGCUUACCUUUACAAAGGACUUGAGGACUUGGGUCUGCAGCUCUUCAUCCCUGAUAGGGAUUUGAGGCUUCCUUCAGUUACCACCAUUGCCAUUCCUGAGGGCUACGACUGGAGGCAGAUGCUGACCUACAUCAUGAAAAACCACCAGAUGGAGAUGACUGGAGGCCUCGGCCCUUCUUUGGGCAUGGUGAUGCGGAUCGGAUUGAUGGGAUACAACUGCGAGACGGCUAAUGCUGACAUGGCACUGCAUGCCAUGGCAGAUGCUCUCAAGAACUGCAAAAAGAGCAAGGCUUAAGAGACCAGAUUCCCAGACCAUUGACCACAUGUUCAUUCAUUAGGGAAUAAAAAAUAAACAUUCGAAGUGCCCCCAGUUCGAAGUGCAAGAUAUUUAGAACAGUGUAUUUUCAAGAGUUUUAAUGAUCCAUCUGUGUUUUUGUCUGCAGAUUUUGUAAAACACAAACCAAAAAUUGUCAUAUGGGCCAUUCUGAGUGCACUGAAAGAUGUCAAUAAAGUGUGCAUUAUUUUAUCAAAC